UAUCAAAGUUGGCGGGAAAGCGGACUUGGGGCAGCAUGGCGGCGGCGGCUGUGGGGGCAGCGGACUCCUUCGCCCGCGGCGGCCCAGCGGCUGUGCGGCUGCCGCGGUCGCCGCCGCUCAAGGUGCUGGCCGAGCAGCUGCGGCGCGACGCGGAGGGCGGCCCGGGCGCGUGGCGGCUGUCGCGGGCGGCGGCGGGCCGCGAGCCGCUGGAGCUGGUGACCGUGUGGAUGCAGGGCUCGGUGCUGGCGGCGGGCGGCGGCGAGGCGCGGCUGCGGGACCCGAGCGGGGCCUUCGUGGUGCGCGGCCUAGAGCGGGUCCCGCGCGGGCGACCCUGCCUGGCCCCAGGAAAGUAUGUGAUGGUGAUGGGAGUGGUCCAGGCGUGCAGCCCUGAGCCCUGCCUUCAGGCCGUGAAGAUGACCGAUCUUUCCGACAACCCCAUCCAUGAAAGCAUGUGGGAACUGGAAGUGGAGGAUUUACACAGGAAUAUUCCUUAGAUGACAUUGGAACCACUGCUAAAAACAGCAGAAAUCCUGAAACAAUUUAGGUUCCGACACCAUGUGGAUUUCACGGGUACCGUCCUAUGUCUAUUUCUUAAAAGUUUCUCAAAGAGCUUAGCUUCGGUUGACCAAGGACUCCGGAGGUAGGAUUUCUAAACGCUGGGACACUCCACUUAACUCGGCCCUCGUGCUCCUUGCUUUGACGACUGUUUGCAGAUGAAAAGCAGAUGUGUGCUCUGUUUUUGUUUUUUUGCUUUUGUUCCCUUUUGGUUUGCGUGUGUUAAUUCCCUUUAAAGCCCGCAGAAAUCUCAUGUUACAUUUUCCACGUUUUACGAGUGCUGAUAACUUUUUCUGUUGCUGCUGUGACCCUGUUUUUACGAUGCAGAAUCUGAAUGUCACUCCUUGCCGGUGGUGAUUUGAUGGUGGUUGUGGGCAGGGAAACAGACUUCCGGAAAUGGGAAUGACCUCGUGGCCCGCCUCUUCUCCCAUCAACAACUUCCAUAUCCAGUUUGCAAGUCAGACAGCGUUUUCCUGCUGUGGACACCAGCAGCCUCUCAGAGACAGUAGACGGUUCUCGUCUCUGAACCAUUUAAGGUACAUUCCUUGGAGAUAUGGAUGGUAACACCUAUCAUUCUUCCUCACUCGGAGAUGUUGAAACACUCGGAAAGUUUCUUGUUGAAACUAAAAUCCAGAUUGAGAAUGACUUUUAGGCAUUAACUAAACUUCUGCAUCAUAACUUUUAGUGAGACACCGUAAGGGAGCGACCUUCUGGUGUGGAAGCUUCCCCCGCCCCCCCCAUUCUCAGUUUUAUUGAGAUAUAAUUGACAUCCAGCAUUGUAGAAGUGUAAGGUGCACAGCAUGAUGAUUUUAGAGUUCUUACAUUUUGUGGAUGGAAUGACUUUCUCAUGAUCAAAUUCAGUGUGGGUUUCUGCUCUCUGCUACUUACCAUGCCUUAUUUUUCCUGAGAUUAUAAAUAUCAAGGGAGUCACAUGAUAUUCCUACAUUGCUGUAGAGUUUUGUUGGACUAUGGGUCAUCUACCACUAAUAAAUUAUAUGCUGUAUCUUUUAAAAAA